CGAAAAGUAAAGACAGAACCACCAAUUGACUUGAGUACCUUUAACACGGUGAAAUAAUGUAACUUAACUGAAAAAGGUGAAAAAACAUUUAAGUGAAGUAACGACGGACAUCGAAGUGUGUAGUGUAGUAAUAAAUCAAAGGUCAUCCACUAAAAACCUGUGAGUAAAUGUAGUAAUAGGUAAUAAAAAAGUGGGACAACUUACACGUGGCACGGUUACCCAUCGAGGGUGCUACUUUCUGGUCAUAAGACGAGGAAGUACGCGUUAAAAAGUAAUAAAAAAAAGAAAACCAAUCUGUGUAAAAAGUGCUGCGACGCACCUUGUCACAAGCGACAGCGUGUAACGACACUACAACCCCCAUAGCACUUUAUUUGAACAGGAAUAACGUCUUAAUUUGAGUUAACCGUACUUAUCACGGUAUAUCACGGUUCGAACACUUUUUUAGAAAAACUCCUAUCCGGGUCUAUAUGUUUAUAGUAUGUUAGUGAAUAAAAAAGUGCAGGAAUAUUGCUAUGAAGUGAUGGUUUAAAGAACACCUAAAUAAGGAUAGUGUUGAACUCGUGUGUGAUGUGAUGGUGGAGUUGAACAAUGGUGUGCGUAGCGGUGAGGCGGAGGAGCAGCGGUGCCCGCUGUGGGCGCGGCUGGGCUGCGCGCGCGCAGUGGCGCGGCUGUGUCGCCGGCGCGGGCGCGCGCGCGUCGCGCCAGAACAUACCGCCAAUGGACGACCACCCAGGAGCCGUGAGUCCCGCAGGCGCAUCAACCACCCGCCGUCCGCGCAGUACAGCGCGCUGGGCGAGCGCGUGCGCACCUCCACGCCUGCCGCGCUGCAGUGCGCGCUCUUCUGCGGCGGCUCACGCUGCAAGUACGAGCAGAACUACCAGCGAGCCACCGCCAUACAGGGGCUUUACUCCGACUGGAUCACGGAGGACAUCCUGGCGAUGGCGCGGCCCAGCACGGCGAGCAUCGCCGCCAGGAACAUCAUACAGCAGUUCCACAGUUGGGGCAUCCGCAGCGUGGUGAACCUGCAGACCCCCGGAGAGCACGCGAGCUGCGGCCCCCCCCUCACCCGCUCCGGGUUCACCUACGACCCCGCUGUCUUCAUGGCCAACGACAUUUACUACUACAACUUCGCAUGGCCAGACUACGGUGAGGCGAGUCUGAGCGGGCUAAUGGACAUGGCCAAGGUGCUGGCCUUCGCGCUGCAGCAGGGGAAGGUGGCCGUGCACUGCCACGCAGGUCUGGGCCGUACAGGCGUGUUGAUCGCGUGCUACCUGGUGUACUCGCUGCGCGUGCGCGCCAACGACGCCAUCCGGCUGGUGCGCAAGCGCCGCCCGCGCUCCGUGCAGACCUCCGGGCAGAUACUGUGCGUGCAGCAGUUCGAGCACUACCUGCUGCCGCAGACCGUUGUCUUCAGCUCUAAGGAGCCGCUGAUGCUAACCAAGGACAAGAAGACUGCAGAGUUCACGCUGCGGCAGUACCUGCACCGCCAGCGAGCCACGCUGCACGGGCUCGACGAGCGCUCGUUCAGAGAGCUGCCCAAGAUAGUGUACUGCCUGUGUGAGCGGCUACUGCGGCUGUGUGCGUGCCAGCAGAGCCCGGGGCUGGACUUCCGCGUGCGCACGCGUCCCUUCUACAAGAGCUUCCUCGCUUAUCGACUGCGACGCACGCGCCCGCCGGACCCCGCCACUCCUGUGGAGGAAACUACCAAUCACGUGUGCGCGCUGCCGAUGGUGGAGUGGCGUGACCCGGUGGAGGAGGACAUCGAGCGCCACCUGGAGACUGUCAGCCGCAUCACGGGGGGCUCCACAGGCGGGGGGGCGGGCAUCCCCGCACUACACGUCUACGAGGCGUUCGUGGUGGACCACCACAGUCUUCCGGAGGAUAAGCAGAGGUACCUGAAACAGCUGAGGACCGACAUCAACCAGCGCGCUGAGGCCUUCGCCAAGAUUGACGACGAGGAGGACCCGGCGGUGUUGUCUGGUCUGCUGUUCGAGUGGCUCGAAGGUCUGAAGGCGCCGGUGCUAGGCCGCGAGCAGCUGGCGCUCAUCGUCGGGAGAGGACACGAUGUUGAAGCCACCGUGCUCGCGCUCGAUCACGAGAAUAUAAUGCUGGUGGAGUAUCUGCUGCGCGUGGUGACACGGCUGCGGCCGCUGGCUGCCGGCAAGAAGGUGGAAAUGCUGCGGCGACUGCUCGCCGCGCUCACGCACCAGACUGUCAACAUACACGGGAAAUGUCUUCCAACACGCAGAGAUUUUGCGCGACUCCGCGAUGGAACCUGCAACCAAGUGAUCAACUUCUUUCUGCGAAUGAUCGUGGAACUACAGAAGGACAUGGUGAAACCUGGUAUUGACGACAACGACGUUGUGGUUAUGCCGCGGAGGUGCAGAAUAAAAGCUUGGAAAUGAUAAUUAUAGACAA